CAAUUCUCUUAAGAUAAUUUUAAAUCUCUUUCUUUCUAUUGUUGUAAUUAAAUUAAUUUUCUAGAAAAUAGUUUUAAUUACUUGAGUUUCUUCGCUCUACCAGCGUCCAUCUCAAUUCUGCUCAUCUGUUUGACUCCGUCAUCAUCUUUAAUAUUUGGUUAAAGGAGAAAAUGUCUGAGUCUGAAAUGAUUAGAAAUGACAAAAAUGAAGCCAAAUAUUCAUCAACAACUCAAAAAGUUAAUAAAAAUAAGGUUAAAGACUCUGACGACUCAAAUUUAACUAUGCAUGGUCCCGAUGAAGCUUCGGACUACACAGCCUCAACAUCAACUAACAUCGAAAGUAUCAAUAGUCGUGUUCAUGACGAUAGUGAUUAUGAAGGUGUUGAAAUCUUAUUAUCCAUGAGAAGUAGAGUUUUCAACUGUAAAUGUGGCGAGUAUCUAGAUUCCAUUAAAAACUGGAGUGAACACCAAAGAAUAUGCUCUGAAUCGACGGUGAAAACCUCAGCUCACCGUGAAAAAUGUCAACUUUGUAACAAGACAUUUUUGACUUGCGUUGCGUUAAAUAUUCACAGUACAAAGAAACACAAUAAGAGGAAAAUCCGAACUGACUCUGUGAUGCAUUGUCCAUGUGGUCAAAGUUUCACAGCCAAAUGGAGGCAAAACUGUGUCCACAAACUAAAUAGUCAUGGACGACAUUGUAAAGCAUUUAAAGAACGAGAGACUCAAUGUUCAAUCUGCAAGAAAGGCUUCAUCAAUCGGAAGAGUCUCGAAUAUCAUGGACUAAAGGCUCAUAAAUUGGCAGUGCCAGUCAAUAGUUAAAAUGAUCUGCAAUCAGUUUAAAGUUUGCAGAUGAAUGUAAGGUGUAUGAAAGUGUGUAUUUAACAAUCAAUUGUCUUUUACCCUUUAAUCAAUGACAAAAUGAAUGACAACAGGUACAAUCAGGACUUGGAACUCUGGGAAUAUAUUAGAGUAAAAUAUAAUCUCUUCUAAUCUCAAUCUAAUCGUAACCCUUUUAUCAAAUUAUAUUUCUCUAGUUAGGCUUUAACGAUUAGUUCAAUUUAAGAUUUUUAGUGUAUUGUCUACAAUUGUUUAUACAGAAUGAAUGUUUUUUUUUAAAUUUUUCCUACUCUUUCAUGAGUUAAUCAAAUCACUAAACACUGAUGAUAUCGCUCUGGAUGAUCACUUUGAUUCCGAAUCGCAAACGUACCAUAGUUAAAUAUCUAUUGAUUGUCUCCUCAUAUGUUGUGAAAAUACUUUGACUUUGACUUAUCGAAUAAAUUAAUGUAUCAAAUAGUCAUUGCUCGACUUUAAUCAUUUUACUAUAAAUUAUCAUCCAUAUUCUCCUUUAAUCAAGAAGCAUGUUCAUUUUACUUUUAGAGAAGAUUUUUUAAUUCUUUUUGUUUGGGCCAAUUAAUCACCUUCACCUAGUGAUCAACUGAUUCUAAUCAUUUCCAUCACCGAUAACUAACAAUGAGCAUCGGAAUAAUUAUUCCAGCUGCUGGUUCUGGUUCUCGUUUUGAUAAUUCACCACCCAAACAAUUUGUUAAAGUUGAUGGCCUACCUUUACUUUAUUAUACAAUAUCUACAUUUGUCAAAUUAUCGUCAACAGUAUUACGAAAUGGCUUAACUAUUGUUGUAGUUUGUCCUGAAAGAUAUGUGAGUCUUGUCCGAGAAGAGAUUCUGUCAUAUUUUUCAAAUCAAGUUGAAAAGGGAUCACUAACUGUCAUCUUAGGCUGUGAUAGUAGACAUCGUUCAAUUAAUACAGCUUUGAAUUACCUACACAAAAGACCAGAUCGACCUGAAUUGGUUAUUAUCCAUGAUGGAGUAAGACCGAUGGUGGACACAAAUUUACUGUCGCAGUUAAUUGAGAUGGCAAAAGAAAAUGGGGCAGCAGGUCCGAUUUGCGAUUUGGUAUCAACUACACUGAAAAUUGAUUCAGAAAAUUUCAUCUCCGAUGUACUUUAUCGUGAUUUAUAUAAACAAAGUGAAAUGCCUCAAGUAUUCAGAUACGAAGUGAUUAAAAAGGGUUAUGAUGACGCAACUGAUUUCGAUCUUGAUAAUGGCACUGAAUGUAUGGACUUGGUACGAAAAUAUACCAAUGUCAAGACCAAAGUUGUUCGAGGAUCUCCUUCUAAUCUAUUUAAAGUUACUUUUAAAAAGGAUCUUUAUGCUAUAGAGGGAAUGCUAAAAGAAAUAAGGACCAUAAAAUUGAUUCCAAUGUCUUCAAGCGUUGAUGAUGACUUUUUAUUCAUCGAAGCAGUUGAAAAGGAAUUGAAGAAACGAUUUAAAAAAAUCUUGAUUGAAACAUAUCGAAAUGGUCGCAAUCAAAGUGCACCAAAUGAAUCUUUAGUCUUUUUCUGGUUCCUCGAGAAUUGGUCAGCCUUCAAGAACGAAGAGAAAUCAAUCAAUAAUCGACAAAAAUAUUCCAGUUGGGCUCAUGUUAUCUUCCUACACCAAGAAUUGGAUGAAUCUGAAUACUGUGACGUGGUCCGAUACACUAAAUCAAGUACAGACAAUUACAUAUUAGGAUCAAAAAAAAGUGACCCAUCAAAAUUAACCAACUUUUUGGCAACUAUGCUCUGGAAUCAUGACCAUUUCAGUGGCUAUGUCCACUUUUUAUAACCAAACUAUUCACUUGAUUAUUUUAUUUUUUUUUCCAACAAUCCAAACUGUACAAAUCAUAUUUCGAAAAAAUUACAAUAUUUACAAUUAAAUUAUCACAAACACCAACAAACAAUCAACUAAACAA